AUGUGGCGUAGUUAUCAGGUAGGUGGUAUGCAAUACUUUAAUUGGGAAAAUGUCUCAUGUUCAAUAUCCAAUGGAAACUCUUCAUGCAAUCAAGGAUCUGUACCUGUCAUUGGAGUUAAUGCUACGUGGCCUGAACAUGUUCAAGCAACUAUUAGGUAUGCUGCGACAAACAAUCUACGUCUAGUGAUCAAAACAACAGGACACGAUCUCUUCGGUCGAUCAACAGCAGCCGGAUCUCUACUUUUAUGGCUUCAUUAUAUGAAAAACAUGACACUCAUUGAAGACUACUCAUCGUGUGGUGCUGCGAGUGUACCGAAUGUUGUCCGUCUUGGUGCUGGAAUCCAAUGGGGUGAAGCCUACGAAUGGUUAGCUAAGUAUAAUUUGACAGUGAUCGGUGGCAAUUGUAAUUCUGUCAGCGCUGCUGGCGGUUACUUACAAGGAGGUGGUCAUAGUCCAUUGUCGCGAUGGAAAGGUAUGGCUGUCGAUCAAGUACUCGAAUAUGAUGUUGUCUUGGCAAAUGGGGAACGUCAAACGGUGAGUGCGUGUCAAAACAGCGAUCUAUUCUGGGCAUUAAGUGGUGGAGGUGGUGGUACUUAUGCUAUUGUACUCUCGGUCGUCCUGCGAACAUUUCCCAUGCCAUACGUUAUUGGCACUUUACAUAAUAUCCAUGCCCCAAAUGAGGUUCGAUAUGCUACUUUGAUUCAAGAGUUUUUUCGAAUGCUACCUAGUUUAGCUGAUGCUGGAUGGGCCGGCUAUGUGUCUAUGGUGGAUACCACUAUUUCUAUAACAUACCUUUGGCCUAAUGGUAAUCUCGAGGUGGCCAAUGCGACCUUUACUAAAUUCGUCAAUAAUAAUACAGAUUUAAUUUUUUCGACAAGUGGCACAAUAUUUUUACCAUCAUUCUAUGAUGGGUACAAGCUUGUGUUCGAGACAUCUAAUCCAACUGGCUAUAAUAAUCUGAUGAGCUCACGUCUCAUUCCUGAAACGAUUGUCCGCACUCGAUCGGAUGAUGUUGCACAAGUAUUUCUCCGAAUAAAAGGUCAAAGUAAUAAACCAUCGAGUUUACUAGUCAAUCUUGUCGCCGGAGGACAAGUUUCGAACAACAUAAAUAAUAGCGUUAAUCCAGCAUGGCGUACUGCUCUUCUUCAUGUUUUCUAUGGCCAAGCCUGGGCUGAUGGCUUAUCGAUAGAUGAUCAAAAUAUGAUUGCUGAACAUGUCACUUCUCAAAUGAAAAUAUUAGAUUCACUUUUAAAUGGCUCACAAUUUGGUUCUUACAUGAAUGAGGCCGAUCCAAAUGAGCCUAAGUGGCAACAGAGAUUUUUCGGUUCGCAAGCCGUCUAUGAUCGACUGAAAGCUAUCAAAAACAACGUUGACCCACAGGGAUUAUUUGUAUGCAAGAGUUGUGUCGGUAGUGAAGAUUGGACAUCAGACCUCAACUGUCCAAACACAGCAGCUAUUUCAACGACCUUGUCUUCUACGACAAUAUCAGCUUCGAUCAAAUUCAGUUUAGCAUGGUCGUUCGUAUUUCUAUUGUUAUACUAA